CGACCUCAGUUUUGCACUACACCAUUCAACGGAGGGCAAGUGUGGUGUCUGAAGCGAUGAAAUAAGGGCCGUUGAAAAGAAUCAGUAUCUGAAGAAAGACUAGGCUUGUGUGUUUUUGGCGGUCCUGUCACGCACUUCACAGUGGAGAUGGGAGUAAACCUGGAGGCUGGGAUACCCAGUGAACUUCCAGGAGAAGAAUAUGUGAUUUGGAUUUAAACUCGCCUUGGACAUUAUUAACACAGCUUGAAGUUGCAUAAGCCAUGAUGCCUAACCGGAGAUUGGGUCUGGCCCAUCCUUGCUGUAUUGGCCUGCUCUUCCUACUCCUCCUGCCCAGCUCAGUUUCAGUGAGAGAAUCUGGCCAUCACUCCCAUGCCCACCUCCCCUCGCUGAAACCUCACGCCACCCUGCCUCUGUCCCGUUCCCGCUUCAGCGCCAAAGCUCAGCUGGAGCUCACUACCCACUGCAACGAGAGCUGCUACCACAAAGGAGAAGACACAGAUAAAGAACAACUAGCUUUUGAAACUCUUUAUGCAGACGGCUCGCGAACUUUAACCACUGUUGACCUGGAAGAGAACGACAGUGAACUUCAUGUCAGGCGGCCCAAAGUAACCACGCCCAGACGCAAGCGGCUAAAGCGCCAGAUCUACGGUUCAGACGGGCGCUUUAACAUCCGCGGUGACCACUUCCUUCUGGACUACCCGUUCUCCACAGCCGUCCGCAUCUCCACCGGCUGCACUGGAGUUCUGGUGUCCCAGCAGCAUGUCCUGACCGCUGCCCACUGCGUGCAUGAUGGGAAGGAUUACGUCAAGGGAGCGAGGAAACUCAGGGUGGGCUUUCUAAUCCCUCCGUCUGUUAACGGUACAAAGCCGGGUCAGGCUCCCAUGAAGAAACCCUUGGUGCGCUGGGUGAGAGUUAAACGCACACGGGUUCCUAAAGGCUGGAUUCAAGGCCCUCAAGACGUCAGCAUGGAUUUUGACUACGCUCUGCUUGAGUUGCGUUGGCCUCACCGGCGUCCCUUCAUGCGGCUGGCUGUGGCACCCUCCUCAGACAGUUUGGCUGGUAAACGCAUCCACUUCUCUGGAUUUGACAGCGACCGGCCUGGGGAACUGGUGUACCGCUUUUGUCCCGUGGAGGACGAGUCCAACGAUUUGAUCUACCAGCACUGUGACGCCCGCCCUGGAGCGAGCGGUUCUGGCGUUUACGGCCGCGUGUGGGACGAUACAUUAGAGCGCUGGGAGCGCAAGGUCAUUGGGAUCUUCUCGGGCCACCAGUGGCUGGAAAUCAACGGCGAGAAUCGCGAUUACAACGUGGCUGUUCGCUUCACUCCGCUGAAGGUUGCUCAGAUCUGUUACUGGGUUCAUGGAAAUGAGGUGGACUGCAGUCAAGACUGAAAAUAUGACACAGAGGAAUGGGACAACAUCAAAUCAUUGGACAAAAUAUGAUAUGCCUGGUGUUUGAAACUGCACUUUAUAGUCCUUUUACAGGUGUGGCUACUGAAUCUGAGAAGAAAAAAGUUGUCCAUGGUUGGAGGAUAGCUACCCACACAGGCUUCGAUCUCUCGCAUGGGUUGAGCUGGAACUUUGUUUAACCACUACCUUUAGUAUUUGCUCACUUUACUGUCAAUGUUACUCAUAGAUUUAGACUUUGAUUCCUACAACCCAGUAGAAUUAUCUGUCAAGUCUUUGCCCAUGUUCAAUACACACAGCCUUGCUUUGUUCACAUUACACAUUAUAAAUGCUUCAAGCUGUUAUUUGCACUUUUAGAAAGUAGAUUUGGGCUGGAGACAGGUUUUCUUCUCACAUCACUUGGGUUUUGGUUAACACUAGAUUAACAUACAGUUUAUUUGGUGACUAAAAGUAGAUGCAAAAUGGCUAUGCUUCCUUCUUUUCCAUCCCUGCAUAUCAUCUUGGUCUACUAAGCAUACAAUUUUUUUAUAUUUUCUGAUUUAUUAUUAUCACGGUAACAUCAGAUCGAUGACUGUGAGAUGUGUUGUAUGUGUGUUAAAUUGAGAGUUAGUAAAACAGAAUUUUAAAGUAUACUUUUGAAAGCAUUUGUUUGUUAACGCAAUCAUCUGGCGCUUUGAAUAUAGUUCACUCUUCUAUAGUUACAUACUCCUUUCCAAGACAGAUGAAGACCUCAUAUUGCUAACAUUACAGUAUGUUUAGAGAAAUUAUUUAUAUUCUUUUAUGUUGGAUUAAUAUAAAGACUGGACACAAACUACGAGAAAGGGUGUGGGGUAAAUCUUGAUUAUAAUUCUAUUUUUAAAAAGCUUUUAUUUUAAUAAACUUAAGUAUGUCUGUUGUUUUUUGCUGUCAUUUUCAUUCCAAUUAAAAGUUUAGCGGUCA